AGGCAGACAUUGUGUUGUGCCAUUUUUCUAAAAGCACCUAGAGCUCAGUCUUAUCCGUGAUCUCUAGCUUUCACUCUCUUCCUCUUUCCGUCAGAAGUAAAUGAAGGAGGGGAGAGAAAUGAUGCCAUGAUUCUUGAUGAGGGAAGCUCGGUGAUCAUUUCAACUGGAGUUCUGGGUUCAGGAGUUGAUAUGUUGGGUGUUAGGCAGGUUAUAGUGUUUGACAUGCCGAAUCUCAUCAAGGAAUAUGUUCAUAUGAUUGUGAUAGAGCUCCGGAAGAAGUUCUAUCGAGAGAUUGGGGAUUAGGGAUCAACUAGGGAUUGAUCCGGGGAAUUGGGGAAUUGAAAUAAGAAGAGAGGUGGGAAGGGGGCUGCUGCCGACCAGCAGCUUGGAAAAGGGAGAAGGAAACAAUUAGGAUUUAGGUUUAUUCUUGCCUGCCAUUACCUACGUAAAACAAUAGUUUAAAUACCAAAACACAAUUACCGACUAACUACCCCAACUUAUUAAUUCCCCAAUCUAUUUUCCAAUAACCAAAAUAAUCCCGAACUAAAUAAUUCAAACCGACAUAAAUCCCAAAUAAGUAAAACGUCUAUCUAUCAGAUCGGCAGGGCUUCCCGGAUGGGGGUGGAAGGCAAAGUGCUCGCGUUCAUUAAUGAAGAGAGCAAGGCAUUGUUCCCAGAGUUCGUCGAGGUGCUCAAGUCUUCCGGAGCUGCAGUACCUCGUGAGCUUGCUAAUUCCCGGUAUAGUUCGAAAUCAUUGCCUUCUACCAAGAGCUGGAAGAAAAGGAAGCUUGGCUAGUAAAGUCUUGCUGAGAUUUUGUGUGACACUGCAAAUUCUGCGGUCUCUCCAGGUGAUGAUGUGGCAAGCCGAUUUCCACAUCAGCCCUCGCCAAAACGGUAAUGUUCACUGCUCAAUGCCAAUGGCCGGCGGUUUCCAGCCUGUCCGCAGAGCAGCCAAGUAAGCAGCCUUCUAGACGUCAGCAUGUGCCGCUGGCCGCUGGUGGACCGUUCUCUGUACCGAUGACGACAGUUUGUUAUUGGUAGCAUGUUUUAAUUGAAUGUAUAUUCCAAAUUUUCCUUGUAUCUCUUGUCCGACAACUAGGCCAAAUUAUUAAUACGGAAAUUCCUUUCUCCAAGUGGAAGAAAAUCGAAGUUGACAAGUCUUUGGUUUGACCCUACCGAAUCUGACGGUUCAUUUCAGUCCUUCUUUCACGCAGUCCAGCCCAGCCCAGCCCAUCUAGCGGCAAAGAAACGCCAGCUGCGGGCCCAGUAUCUGGAAAAAGCAAGGCGGGAAAUAAAAAAAAAAUCUUCCCCGUAUCCACGUUGGUUCAUAUCCUUGCCUUUCAAGGCAACAAAAAAGAAAAAAGAAAAAAGAAAGAACGGCUGGAAUGGAAACCUCCAUACGUACUCUCACGUUCCGCAUUUCGUGCAUCACCCCCUUUUCCCUCUCUCCAAUUCUUUUGGGGAAAAUUUCUCUCUGUUCUGAACUUUCCCUUUCUUCUAUUCCUUCGUCCCUCACAGCUUUCCAUUCUCCAGAAAUUCUCUCUCGCUCUAAUCGCUCCGGGAAACUGUUGAAUCGGCGGCAAGAACCAUAGACGUCGGGAUAUCCUGCGGAGAAUUUGGAAGAUGAAAGCGAUCAAGCUGUUCGAGAGAGCUUCUCGAACGUACAAUGACAGCUCGUCCUUCUCGAAGCUGCUUGUGGUCUUCACCGUCAGUGGUGGAGGCCUCUUGGCUUAUGCAGACGCGAACUCGACGAGUCCGAUUGCUCCACCUGAGAUCAAGAAGAAGCGCGUCGUCGUUCUCGGAACCGGAUGGGCGGGGACGAGCUUCCUGAAGCAAUUGGACAAUCCUUCCUACGAUGUUCAAGUGAUUUCGCCUCGGAAUUACUUCGCGUUCACUCCUCUGUUGCCGAGCGUCACUGUUGGGACAGUGGAGCCACGCAGCAUCGUGGAGCCGAUCCGUAACAUCGUCAAGAAGAAGAAUGUUGACGUCCAUUAUUGGGAAGCUGAGUGUUUCAAGAUUGAUUCCCAGAGCAAGAAGGUUCACUGCCGUUCCAAUAAGAACAUCGAUGGAAAAGGGAAGGAAGAAUUUGUUGUGGAUUAUGACUACCUUGUCAUAGCAAUGGGGGCCCGUCCCAACACUUUCAAUACUCCUGGUGUCGUCGAACAUUGCAAUUUUCUCAAGGAAGUAGAAGAUGCUCAAAAGAUCCGUAGAUCCGUUAUCGAUGCGUUUGAGAAGGCAAGCUUGCCGAGUUUGAGCGAUGAAGAGCGGCAGAAGAUGCUGCAUUUUGUGGUGGUUGGUGGUGGGCCCACGGGGGUGGAGUUUGCUGCAGAACUUCAUGAUUUUGUGAAGGAAGAUCUGGUCAAGUUGUAUCCUGCAGCUGGGAAGUAUGUCAAGAUAACACUGCUUGAAGCAGCAGAUCAUAUUCUAACCAUGUUUGACAAGCGAAUUACAGAAUUCGCUGAAGACAAGUUCAAAAGAGAUGGCAUUGAUGUGAAACUAGGGUCAAUGGUUAUUAAAGUAUCUGACAAGGAGAUCUCCACGAAAGGCAGAGUUAAUGGGCAAGUUUCGACCAUGCCUUACGGAAUGGUUGUCUGGUCAACUGGAAUUGGAACUGAUCCUGUUGUGAAGGAUUUUAUGAAGCAAGUCGGUCAGGAAACUAGGCGUGUUUUAGCAACUGAUGAAUGGCUGCGAGUUGAGGGAACUGAUAGCAUUUAUGCCCUUGGUGACUGUGCUACAAUUAACCAGCGCAGAGUCAUGGAAGACAUAUCCUCAAUAUUCAAGAAGGCAGACAAGGAGAACUCUGGUACCCUCACGGUGAAGCAACUUCAAGCAGUGGUCGACGACAUCUGUGAAAGGUACCCUCAAGUGGAUCUCUACCUGAAGACAAAGAAACUUCGCAACAUUGCGGAUCUUCUCAAGGACGAUUCGAAAAGCUCCGUCGCAAUCAGCAUCGAAGAGCUCAAAACAGCGCUGAAAGAAGUCGACGCCCAGGUCAAGAACCUCCCAGCAACAGCUCAGGUUGCAGCUCAGCAGGGCGCCUACCUUGCGAAAUGCUUCAACCGGAUGGAAGAAGCCGAGAAGAACCCAGAAGGACCCCUCAGGUUCAGAGGAGAAGGCCGCCAUCGUUUCCAUCCCUUCAGGUACAAGCAUUUCGGCCAAUUUGCUCCACUGGGAGGGGAACAAACGGCUGCUCAACUUCCAGGCGAUUGGGUGUCCAUUGGCCACAGCACUCAGUGGCUCUGGUACUCCGUCUAUGCAAGCAAGCUGGUGAGCUGGCGCACCAGAUCUCUGGUGGUGACCGACUGGGUGAAGCGGUUCAUCUUUGGAAGGGACUCCAGCUCCAUUUGAGUCACUUCACCAAGCCAGCUGAAGAACAAAAUUUUGCACCUCUGACCAAACUCGUUAGCCUUUACACAUUGCGUUUGGCUCUUUCUAUCUCUCUCUAUAGACAAUAUUCCUUUUAGGAAAUAAUCCCACGCCCUGGUU